AUGUCUUUAUUCGAAACAGAAGGAUCAGAAUUUAGGAAUCGCUAUUUAUGUAACAGACUUCAAAAUAAUCCUCUUGAAAAUAAUCCUUUUCAAAAUAAUUUUCAACUCCAGUAUCAUAUUAACGAGCUUCAACGUGGCUUAUACUACCAACAAUUAGUUAAUGUUUUUCGCCAGCUCAACAUAAAUGAAAACAUAAAUAAAAACAUAAUUGAACAUAAAAACAAAGAAAUGAACAACCAAAUUCAUGAAGAUUUUAGUUAUGAUGAUAAAAAUAAUUCACGUCAAGAAAUGGCUUUUACAUAUAUUGUACUUUGGCGAGCACAACCACAAAAGAAAGUUUCAAAGCUCGUUGAUGCUAAUCCAUUGCCAGCACAGUUUAAAGAUAUUCAACCUUUAAUUUGUCGCCAAUCAAAUGAAAAACCACCUAAUGCACCUUCAUUAGAUAAUCAGCAACAGAUUUUAAACCAAUUUUCUGAAUAUAUUGGCUCUGCUGACAGAAUUCCCACGGUGGCACAAGACACAGCCAACCGUGCGAUCUUGGAUUCAACUGAAAAGAACCUAAGGACUAAUUAUAAUGAAUUUAAAAACAACCGAAACUUAAAGUCUUAUAUUGUAGUUCUAAAGAAACAGCUUAUUGGAAUCCAUGAUCUACAGACUCGCCUUGGUGGUAAAUGGGAUAUUAAACAAAAUAAUCAAAUUGAACCAAAAGUUGUCACUGGCAAUAUCGAUCCAAAAGAUCCCACACAGCACUUAUAUAGAGGGCCUGCUUCAGAUCAACCGUAUCUACUAGGGUUUAGCACAGAAGGAAAAGGACAUGUUAUCCUUUCAAUUGGUCUUCCUAAAAUUGCUGAUAACAUUGUGACCACUGUUUUAGAAGUUGGAAGUGGGCUUAAUGAUGCUCUAUAUCAAAGUCUAAGCAUUAAUAAUGCUACCUCAGAAAUUUUGAAAGGGAUUAUUUGGGUUGGUUAUGACGCACCUGAAAGUCCUGUUGACGUAGACAUAGAUUUUUUCACAGAUGUCUUAGAUUUUGGGUUAACAAAAUUGUCUAUAGCAUCAGCAGUUGCAGCAGGGUCUGUAUUAAACUUGUUCCAACAAGGAUUGAUCACUAUACAUAAAGGAACAGCACUACAUAUAACUGUUGUUGGUCACAGUUAUGGUUCUGAUGUUGUUGUUGAGACUACUAUGAAUGGUCUAAAGUUAGUAGCAGAUGAUAUUAUCCUCAUUGCCAGUCCCGGAGUCCCUGUUGACCAUGUGUCCCAAAUUGCAAAUAAUAUAGUUUCAUCUAAUCCUGGGAGCCGUAUUCCAAAAACUCAAGUCUGGGCUAGUAGAAUAGGCAAAGAUCUGAUUUGCUGUAUCUCAAAUUCACUGGGAACUGAUAUAAUUAGCAAAAGCUUUGGUGCAUCUGUCUUUUUUAGCAAACCACGGGAUGACCAUAGUGGUUAUUG